GGAAUGACUGGCUGGUUGAUCCAGCAGAACACUUUUAUUAUGUGUGGCUACAGGUCAUGAUCUUUCCCAUCGUCUACAACUCUGUGAUCAUCAUCCUGAGAACAUGCUUCACUACCAUCGCACUGAGCUACCUGCCCGUGUGGCUCACUCUGGAUUAUCUGUCAGACCUCAUGUACACCAUAGACAUGAUCAUCACUGUUCACACAGGUUACCUGGAUCAGGGCAUCAUGAUCAGGGACGUAAACCAGCUGAAGAAGCAUUACCUCCACUCUAAACGGUUCUUAAGGGACGUGGUUUCACUGCUGCCCACCGACCUCCUCUACUUUGUCUUUGGCAUCCAAACUCCAAUGGUUCGGAUCAAUCGCCUUCUGCGAAUUCCACGACUCAACGAGGCCAUGGACCGCAUGGAGACCAGAACCUCCUACCCAAACACCUUCCGCAUCGCCAAACUUAUGAUCUACAUCUUUGUGUUGAUCCACUGGAAUGCCUGUCUUUACUUUGCACUCUCCAGCUACAUUGGCUUUGGGAGUGAUCGUUGGGUCUACCCCAACACCACCAACCCAGAGUUUGCCUCCAUGCGUCGUCAGUACUUUUACUGCUUCUGGUUCUCUGCCCAGAUUUUCACCACAGUAGGAGACAACCUGCUGCCAGAAAGGGAGGAGGAGUUCUUGUUUAUGAUUGCAGAUCUGCUCAUUGCAGUGCUGGUGUUUGCAUCGAUUGUUGGCAAUGUUGGGAAUGUUAUCACCAGUCUAAGAGAUCGUGAUAAUGUCUUCUUCCCAAACCAUGAGCUGGUGAAGGCAUACCUGCGUAGCCAUCACAUUAGCAAGGAGCUGCGACAGCGUAUCGAUAACUGGUACCAGCAUCUUUACAUAAACAAGAAGAUCAUGAGAGAGAAUGAAAUCCUGCAGCAGCUGCCCGUACACCUGAGGACAGAGAUCGCUGUCAGUGUUCAUCUUCCAACACUCUCCAAAGUCACCAUCUUCCAGAGCUGUGAGAAGAGUCUGCUGGAGGAGCUGGUGCUAAAGCUAAACCCUCAGGUGUUCAGUCCAGGAGAGUAUGUCUGCAGGAAAGGAGAUGUAGGCCAUGAAAUGUACAUCAUCAAAGAGGGAAAACUUGCAGUUGUAGCUGAUGAUGGGGUCACAGAGUUUGCUGUGCUGAGUGAAGGGAACUUCUUUGGGGAAAUAAGCAUCCUCAACAUCAAAGGCAACAAGUCAGGCAAUCGUCGCACUGCCAACAUCCGCAGCAUCGGCUACUCCGACCUGUUCAGCCUGUCAAAAGAAGACUUGACAGACGUGCUGUCUGAGUUCCCUGCUGCUAAAUGUCAUCUUGAGGAGAAAGGCAGACAGAUCCUCAUCAAGAUGGGCAUGUUGGAGGAAAGUGGUGAUGGAGUGGAGGCGGAGGUGGAGAACGUGGAAACCAAGAUACAAAGACUGGAGGAAAACUUGGAAAUCCUGCAAACCAAACUAGCUCGACUGAUGAUGGAGCUCGAGUCAAGCAACCGCAAGAUGCAGGCCAGGGUGGUGCAGCUUGAGUGGGAGGUGGCUGCACUGGGGACUAAGGUGUCAGAAGAUGGAGAAGAGGGAGAAAUAGCGGGGGGAAGAGAAGAAGGGGUGGGUGGGGAGGUAACUUUAGUGCGAGAAGAAGCAGAGGGAGAAGAAGAGGAGAGUUCAGAUGCAAAAGUAAAAAAACAGGGACAGGGAGAAGACGUUAAGGAUGUGACCAAAGAGGGAGAUGGAGAAAGCACAAAAAGUGCAAAAGAGGAUGUAGAAAGGACAGUGGAGGGAGAUAAAUCAGGUGUGAAGGACCCAGGCAAUCAGAAAAUAGAAGAUGAUGGAGCAAAGAGCAGAGAGAAAGGAGAUGACAGACCAGGGAAAGGAGAUGGUGCUGAGAUUGAGCCUGAAAAUGAGAAAGAGAAAAGUGCGGGAAGAGAAUCUGAAGAGGGGGGAGAAAAUACCAAAGAACAUUCAGACGACAGACAGAAAGAGUCAAAACAUGAUGAACAGAAAAAAUGAAUGGAAAAAGGAAAAACACAGCAGGAAGGCUGUCUGUCUGUUUUACAUCAAUUUAAAUAUUGAGAAAUAUCUUUUGCUACUCUUCUGCAAUACUAUACAGUACCACUAGGUGGCAGCAUUUUGCACCAACUUGAAAUAAAAGUUCAAUCCAAAGAAGAACAAUAUGCUUUAUAUAUAAUAGAUGGUGUCUUAAAUUGUUAUUUCAUAUUCUAAAGGUUGUCUUUUCAUUUUGAUAAUAUAUAAAAUAGGUUUUGGAGGCAGAUAAAUGUUUAUUUAUCUCUUUUUAUAUGAAUUAAAUUAUCAAAACUUCCAACCUGUAUCUGGUUUUGUCAUUUGUGUUUUCAUUUUAAAACUUUUUUUUCUCUUUUGGGAUUAAAAAAUAUUAAGAAAUAUUCACGGGUUAGU